AUGGGUGCCGAAGAUAUCACAUUGCGCCUCACCCCACGAGGCGCACCUCUCCCAAGACUUCCUGCUGAACUUCCAAUCAGCUCGGAUGCUUCCGUGGAUGCUUUGUAUGAUGCUGUAGCUAAACUGACGGGUUACUCCCGUCACCGUCUUCGGAUCACCAAAUCCGACAGCAGCCACUUGAAACCCGCAGCUUCAGUCACACUCACCGACUCCAACCUUUAUGAUCAAUCCUCCCUCUUCGUCAAAGAUCUCGGUCUCCAAAUCGACUGGCAAACCGUGUUCAUAAUUGAAUACCUCGGACCCCUUCUGAUCCACCCUCUAUUCAUGCUAUUCCGUAAUCAAAUCUAUGGCUUCACCCCUCCAUUCCUCUCCUGGGCCGGCACACCCACUUCCACUCCUGUCACGUCCACCCAGUCGAUCUUAUGUAUGAUGGUAGUCCUACACUAUAUCAAACGCGAACUAGAAACCAUCUUUGUUCACCGUUUCUCCUCUGCCACUAUGCCGCUCAGCAGCCUUAUCCGCAACACGUCCUAUUACUGGACAAUGGGCGGUCUUUACCUAGGAUACUUCCUCUACGCUCCGUCAACCACCGAAGCCUCGCCCUUAGCUCUCUACGCCGGUCUAGCAAUCUGGGUAUUCGCCGAACUAUCGAAUUUCAAAACUCAUUUGACACUUCGUGAUCUUAGACGACCGGGUAGCACGGAUAGAGGUAUUCCGACGGGAUAUGGAUUUAACCUUGUUACUUGCCCAAACUAUAUGUUUGAAGUACUCGGGUGGUUUGCUGUUGCUCUGAUCUCGGGCUGGAAGAUUCCAGCUUUGGUUUUCUGGGGUAGCGGGUUGUUUAUCCAGACUAAGUGGGCCGGGCAAAAGGAAAGAAGGUACCGAAAGGAGUUUGGGGAUAAGUACAAGAAGAAGAGGAGCGUUAUUAUCCCAUACGUCUUGUAG